AUGCAGGAUUGUAGAGGUAAACGUAUUUUAAGACUCGUUCAACUGAAUAAUGAGAAUUUAAGCAAAAAACCCAAAGUUAUUGUGCAACAAGUUGCGACUUUGAAUAGCUGUACAACAGGUUUACUAGAAAAAGAGAUAUUACAACAACAGACUGUACCAGAAUCUCACUUUGGCUCGAGCCAUGAGUUAGAUUUUAUAAGCAAUGAAAAUUCGCCGGAAGAAGGUGUUUUAGAAGAUCAGGAUGAAGAAUAUCCGUUUGCGGCUAGCGAUAAAGAUGACGAAGAGUAUGAUCCGAAUAUAGAAGAGGACAAUAAUUCUGACACGUCCGAAGGCACUGAAGCUCCAAAAGAAGAAAAUCCUGAUAGAAGUCGUUGGUACAAAGCAGAUGAUAAAAAGUGCAAUCGAAAUUUGACGAAAAAAUGUAGAAAUCUUGGACAACCCUACACUACCAAAAAUGGAACAAAGCCCGCCAAAGCUCCUCAAUAUGUGAAUUGCAACAGUUGUCGGUUUAAGUGCUCCAUAAAAUUUAGCGAUGCAGAGAGGACUGAGCUAGGUUCUAGCUAUUGGCAAUUAGAAUCCUAGUCCCGAAAAAAAGAUUUUAUUCUGAAAAAUGUCAAAGCCAAUAUACCUCAAAGACAGCCUCACCAGAAAGAAAAUGCUAAACCCCGAAAUAAGAGUUUUAUUUCUUAAAAGGCGGGGCACCAACAAGAGUAUGUCAGAUUUUUUUCUAAAAACCCUUUCUAUAAGCAAUGGACCACUCAGUAGAGCCUUUGAAAAUAAAAAUGAAACUUCGGGGCUUUAUCAAGGAGGUGACAAGCGGGGCCGACAUGUUCCAAUAAAAUCUCAAGAAGAAAAAACUAUUAUUAAAAAGCAUAUUGAAAGUUUUCCUUUAACAGACUCUCACUACUGCAGAAAAUCAUCUCAGAGAAAAUACUUAGAUGCAACACUGUCCAUAGCCAAAAUGUACUCGCUGUACAAAAUAAUGUGUGAGGCAAAAGGUUAUAAACGAAG